AGGCUUGCGGCUUGGCGUUAAAUGAGUUGGCAGCCGCAUAAAAGAAUCGAUAUAUCGAUAAAUAUACACAUCGUAAAGCGGUCGCACGUGUUUAUUCCGCUGUUUAAAUCUGGUCAAGAUUUGAGUUGGGUAUAAGUUAUAAAUAAGCAAAAUGCCACGCUCCAAACGUGAUAAGAAAGUUUCGCUGACGAAGACGGAUCGCAAGGGUCUCGCUUGGAAGCAGCGCAUCAUUGACGACAUUCGCUUCUGCGUGGAGAAGUAUCCCAAUAUCUUUGUGUUCCAGGUGCAAAAUAUGCGCAAUAAUCUGCUGAAGGAUUUGCGCCAAGAAUGGAAGCAAAAUUCCCGUUUCAUUUUCGGCAAAAAUCGCAUCAUGCAAAUCGGCUUGGGACGCACAAAAGCCGAAGAAGUUGAAACAGGAAUUCAUAAACUAUCGAAGCGUCUGAGUGGCCAGGUGGGUCUGCUCUUCACAGAAAAGUCCAAGGCAGAUGUGCUUGCCUGGGCCGAGAAUUAUUGGGCUGUCGAAUAUGCACGCAGUGGUUUUGCGGCAACGGAAACGGUAACUUUGCCAGCUGGCCCGCUGGAGGAAUUUGCGCAUUCGAUGGAGCCGCAUUUGCGUUCGCUGGGUCUGCCCACGAAACUGGAGAAGGGUGUGGUGACCAUCUACAGUGAUUAUACGGUAUGUGAAGAGGGCAAAAUUCUGACACCUGAACAGGCGCGGAUCCUCAAAUUGCUGGGUAAACCAAUGGCCAAGUUUCGCUUGACAAUGAAAUGCUCCUGGACCAAGGACGAUGGCUUCCAACUGCACGUUGAGGAGGAGGAGGAGGAGGCGGACAUGGUAACAGAGUGUCCCGUGGAGGAGGAUGAUGAAGAGGAAGAGGAUGAUGACGAGGAAUGAGAACAGUUUAGCUAAGAUUUCAUUUAGAAAUUAAGUAUACAAUUAUAUAUCUAUAUAGCUGUUAUAAA